AUGAAUUCAGAUAUUAUUCAAAAUGAUUCAACAACAAUAUCACCAACUUUAUUGAAUAGAUCUUCAAAUGGAAUUGAAAUUUUUAAAAAUAAUGUUGCAUCGAAAUCAAGUCUUUCCUUGAAUAUCGUUGCAAUAUUUUUUAUUUUGGGUGUAAUUGGAAAUUUUUUGGCUCUGGUCAUAUUAUCGAAAAAGAAAAAUACAAAGAAUUCUAAAUAUACUUUAAUGUUAAGAUGUUUAACAACAAACAAUUUAAUUGGUCUAACUGGAAUGCUAAUUCAAUUGAUUUUGACCGAAUAUAUACCAGUUUUGAAUGGUAAUACAUUUGCAAGAUCAAAUUGUAUUGCACGUGUUGUAUGGAGAUUCUUUGGUUUAAGUUCUGGUUGUAUAGCACUUGUUAUGGCAGCUGAAAGAUGGAUGGCAUUAGCAAGACCAUUUACAUAUCACAAGCACAUAACAUACAAUGUAGUAAAAAGGACAAUUCAGUUUUUGAUAUCAAUGGCAACUAUUAUAACAUUUCUACCAUUAAUUGGUUUUGGUGUUUAUUAUGAGGAAACAAAGCAUAAAUGUUUACGUUAUCGUGAUGCAACAAUGUUUUGGGACAUGACUUAUGCUUAUAUUUUUAUGAUUUUUGGUACUUUAUUAUGCACUAUUAUUGUUGUAUGCAAUCUAUUUGUUGUACGUGUUUUAUGCUUUAUUGGAUAUCAUAAAUCGAAAAAAUCAAUUCAUUACAAUUUGGUUAAUAGAGAACGUAAUUUAAAUGCAAGCAAUAGUACAACAUUAACAAAUACAACAACAGCAAGUACAUCAACAACAUUUACAAUGAAUUUAAAUUCAAAUAGUGUAAAUGAAGCACUUAUUUCUAAUACUGAUAUUGAUAAUAAUAGUAGAUGUCAUUCAUCGUAUCAUCAUCAGAAUCAUCAUCAUCAUCAUCAUGCACCAUCAUUAAAUUCAUGUAAUGCACAAAAUACAAUGUCAAGUAGCUGUAGUAGUUUUGGAUCAAAACGUGAAGCUAUUACAAGAGGUAAAAGUAAUGGAAGUUGUAAUGGACAUGGUUCUUUAUAUCAUCAGAAUAGUAUAUCGAAUACAGAAAAAAAUUUUGCAAAAUUAAUGACAUUUUUGAGUAUAUCAUUUGUUAUAUGUUGGAUGCCACAAAUGAUAUCAGUGCCAUUGGCAUUAAUGCCAAAUCGAUUACCAAAUAAACAUUGGUUCUUCACAAUAUCUGAUAUAUUGAUGGCAUUACAUUUUACAUUUGAUCCGUACAUUUAUGUUAUAAGCCGUACAAGAUAUUCAUUUAUUCGAGAUUGUAUUAAACGUUUAAGGGGCGGCGGCGGCGGCAGCGGCAGCAUCAGUACAAAUAAAAGAAAACAAAGUGAUGAAAAUCGUUUACGAACUAAUAUUGAAACAUUGGAAUAUGGUUUAAAUUCAUAAAUAAACCGAAAGGAUGAAAAAAAUCAAUAAAAGGAUUUGUUAAAUUAAUGAAAUCAAUGAAGGUAAAUGAGUACACAUACAAAAAUUAAGUAAAAGUUGAAAGUUGUUUGAGAAGAAAUAAAGGGUUUUUUAUUUAAUUUUAAAAUUAAAAAAAAAAUUUAAAAGUUUUAUUAGCUUAACCUUUGGCUUAAUAAAACAACAACAAAAAUGUAAAAAUAAAAAUUUAUAUUUACUCAAAAUUUGUACCUUUUGUAAGUGUAAUUAAAUUUAAAAUAAUGUUAAAUGUAAAAUAAAUUUAAAAGUUAUCACAACAUAACAAAAGAUGGCGAACAGAAAAUUGUUUUCAAGUUCUUAUGACGUUUUAAU